AUGUGGAUAUCUGGAAUUCUAGUAUUUUUGCAAUUUUUUCCAGGUCAGUUUCUUUUUUUUUUUUUACUUUUUUUCUGCAACAAGAAGAAAAUAAAAAAUUCAUCCAAAAAGUUUCUUCGAGGCCCGAAAAAGUAUCAAAUUUCAAGUGUGACCCAAAAUUUUUCUAACUUUCUGCAAAAAAAAAAAUAAAAAGUAGAAAGGAGCUUAUUUCGGAUUAUUUUGAAUGAUUUUUUUUGUCUUUUCCUUUUUCAAAGGAACCAGAGGAAAAAAAGGGGACAGAACUUAGAUAUGAUUGAUUUGUCCCUCUUGGCAAAGCGAACACUUUUUUCCCCGAAACCAAAAAAAAAGAAAAAACGAAAAAACAAAAAAUCUCUCCCCGGCCGGGAAUUGAACCCGGGUCUCGCAUGUGACAGACGCGGAUACUCACCACUAUACUACCGAGGACAUAUUUUCCAGCGGGCAAAAUGUUGUUGAGAAACUAGGGCGAAUCUCACCAAGACAAACAGAAAAUAAUUCAAUUAUUUUCGGCCCAAAUCCAUUUGUUUUUCCAUUUUUUUCUCUUUCUUUAGUCAUAAUGGAAUGGGGGAAAAGCACUCAAAAAGGAUUUUUUGCAAAAAAUUGCAGGAAAUCUGAUUGCCACGUGUCAAAUGUAGUUUUUUUCUUUUUUUCGCCAGAAAAAAGUGCUCAAGGAAGUACUUUUGUUGGAAAAGAACAAUGAAAAACACUUAAAAAGUAUAUUUUUUCAGGAUGUUUGGGAUCGGCGGAAGUUGAAGCUGAAGAUCGACUCAUGGUUGAUUUGUUUCGUGGUUAUAACUCGCUUGUUCAGGUAAAUUUGGGAAAAGUCAAUAAAAGUUUUUAUGACUUUUUUUUGGACUCGUUAAAUUUGAAUUUGCUAUACAAAUUUCCAGAAAUUGUCAUUUUCUGUCAAAAAAAAAAAAAAACUAACAAAUUUCAAAAAAAAAUUUAAAAAUUCAAACCACGCGCACAAGCAACGUCAACGCGGAGUCUCGUUGUUUUCUUUUUUUUUUUCAUUUUUUCUCGGGGAAAAUAAGAAUUUUCAUGGAAAAACACAAUUUUCCGGGGAUGAAAAAAUUUGUGAAAAAUUUUUUAAAAAUUCAAACCACGCGCACAAGCAACGUCAACGCGGAGUCUCGUUGUUUUCUUUUUUAUUUUUUCGCAAUUUUCUUCCUUUUUUCAUGCAAAUCACCAUUUUCCCCGAAAAAAAUUGCAGAAAAAUAAAAAGAAAAACAACGAGACUCCGCGUUGACGUUGCGCGCGCGGUUUGAAUUUAUUUUUUUUUUCGUUUUUUUUCAAACAAGCUUCCGUAUUUCGGCGAAAACUUAUUAAAAUUUUCUGAUUUUUUUCAUCGGACUAGACUAUAGUUGAACUAAGCUAAAUCUGAUUUCUGAGAACAAAAAAAAAUUUUUAAAGCAUAUUUCGGUCAAAAACUCAAAAAAACACAAUUUCCAUAGAAAAAUCAGUUUGGUUUUGAAAAUAUUGAAUUUUUCUGUUUAAAUUUCUUCAAUUCAUUAUUUUUCGUCUCCAGAAAAUGAGAAAUAAAAAAAAAUUUGCGAAAAAAAACAAAAAUUCAAACCACGCGCGCGAACAUGUCGUCAACGCGGAGUAUCGUUGUUUUCUUUUUAUUUCUUCGCAAUUUUUCCUUUUUUUAUGCAAAAAUCACCAUUUUUCCCCCAAAAAAUGGAUAAAUUCGCAAAAAAAUAAAAAGAAAACAACGAGACUCCGCGUUGACGUUGCGCGCGUGGUUUGAAUUUAUUUCUUUUUUUCGUUUUUUUUCAAACAAGCUUCCGUAUUUCGGCAAAAACUUGAAAUUUUUUACAUUUCAGCCAGUCCGAAAUCGUUCCGAACUUCCAAUGAUUGUUCAAAUCGGAAUGCAACUAGUUCUAUUGAUUAAUGUCGAUGAAAAAGAGCAAGUGAUGCACACAAAUGUUUGGCUAACUUUGGUGAGCUCACAAUUAGGGGAUUUUAAAAAAUCAGGAGAAAUGUUCGAAUUCCUUUAGAAAUGGUACGAUUAUCAAUUCAAAUGGAAUCCCAAAGACUACGGAAACAUUUCGCAAAUCAGAGUUGCACCCGAAAAAGUUUGGCUCCCCGACAUUGUGCUUUUCAACAAGUUAGUUAUUCUGAAAAUUCUGGAAUUCCUCAAAAUUCUGAAAUUUUCCAGCGCUGACGGAAAUUACGAGGUAUCAUUUAUGUGUAAUGUAUUGGUGAAAAGCGACGGAACUGUGAUGUGGGUUCCGCCGGCGAUUUAUAAAUCGAGUUGUAUUAUUGAUGUCGAAUUUUUUCCGUUUGAUGAUCAAUUGUGUAGUUUGACGUUUGGAAGUUGGACGGUAGGAUUUUCUGAGCAUUUUGAGACCAAACACGGUGUAUUUUUGAGCUCUGGGGGAAAUUUGGAGCAUUUUGAGACUAAACACGGUGUAUUUCUGAGCCCUGGGGGAAAUUUGGAGCAUUUUAAGACCAAACGCGGUGUAUUUCUGAGCCCUGGGGGAAAUUUAGAGCAUUUUAAGACCAAACACGGUGUAUUUCUGAGCCCUGGGGGAAAUUUGGAGCAUUUUAAGACCGAACACGGUGUAUUUCUGUGCUCUGGGGGAAAUUUGGAGCAUUUUGAGUCCAAACACGGUGUAUUUCUGAGCCCUGGGGGAAAUUUGGAGCAUUUUAAGACCAAACACGGUGUAUUUUUGAGCCCUGCAGGGAAUUUGGAGCAUUUUAAGACCAAACACGGUGUAUUUCAAAGCCACGCCCAUUUUUUUGUACUCUCUGGGUAAUUUGGAGCAUUUUAAGACCAAACACUCCCUAAAAAUUCAAAUUUUUUCUGAAAUUCAAAAAAAAAUCAAUAUUUGCCACGUCAUAGCUCUUUUUCUUACAGUACAACAAAGAUGAGAUAAAAUUGGAUUUUCUGAAGUCGGAUCGGGUCGAUUUUUCAGAAUAUGCGACAAGCUCAAUUUGGGAUAUGAUGGUGAGAAAAAAAAAUUUUUUUGAAAAAAAAAAAAAAAAAAUUUGAAAAAAAAAAAAAUUUUACAUUUUUUUUUACAAAAAUGCAAUUUUCAGGAGGGCCCAGCAUUUUUUUGAAUAAAUCAAAAAAAAAAAAAAAAAAAAAAAAUUUUUUUACAAAAAUGCAAUUUUCAGGAUGGCCCAACAUUUUUUUUGAAUAAAUCAAAAAUUUUUUUUUUUUUUUUUGAAAAUUAAAAAAAAUUUUUUUUUUUUACUUUCACAAAAUUGCAAUUUUCAGGACGGCCCAGCAUUUUUUUUUUUGAAAAAAUCAAAAAAAAAUUUUUUUGGAAAUUAAAAAUUUUUUUUUUGAAAAUUAAAAAAUGAUGAUGCAAUUUCUAGGAUGGCCCAGCGAUCUUAACCACCGACCGAAGUCGAAUCGAAUUUCAAAUCCGAAUCCGUCGAAAAACCCUCUUCUACACCGUAUUCCUGAUCCUUCCCACAGUCCUAAUGGCCUUUUUGAAUGUCACAGUCUUCUAUUUACCAACAGCUUCCGGCGAGAAAAUGGGUUUGACUAUGAAUGUGUUACUUUCAAUUGUUGUCUUCUUGCUUUUGGUCUCCAAAAUUCUUCCGCCAACUUCAGAUUCAAUUCCCUUGGUUGCAAAAUAUCUUCUCCUAACUUUUGUGUUAAAUAUCAUUACAAUCAUGGUGACCACAAUUAUAUGUAAUAUAUAUUUUAGAAGUCCGAUUACACAUCGACUUCCACCUUGGGUCCGAAAAGUGUUUUUAGAUGUGAGUUGAUUUUGUGAAAAUCCCCACAAAAUUUAAAAAAAAUCUGUUAAGAUCCUCCCAUUACUGAUGUGUAUGCAACGACCACAUCGAAAAAAUGUGAUACAAAAAGGCCAUCGAAAAUUGUUGGAGAAGGGUCCGAGUGUUGAGGAGAAUCCGAUGAAAGCUGGAGAACAUCAUCCACUUUGUAGGCACACGCAUAUUUCGUGAGUUUUCCGGCUUCUCAGAUCUUAUAUUUAGCUUAGUUUAACUAUAGUCUAGUUGGAUGCAAAAAUUAAAAACCAGGAAAAAAUAAAUUCAAAUUCAAAGCACGCGCGCAAAUCUGUCGUCAACGCGGAGUCUCGUUGUUUUCUUUUUUUGUCAUUUGGGGGGUGGUAAUUUCCAUAAAAAAGGAAAAAAACAACGAGACUCCGCGUUGACGACAAGGUUUGCGUGCGUGGUUUAAAUUUAUUUAUUUUUUUUGCAAUUUUUUUCAUUCCCGGAAAAUUGUGUUUUUCCAUGAAAAUUCCCAUUUUCCCGAAAAAAAUGCGAAAAAAUAAAAAUAAAACAACGAGACUCCGCGUUGACGUUGCGCGCGUGGUUUAUUUUUUCGAAAUUUUUUUCGAAAAUUUAUUUAUUUUUUUUUUGAGGAAAAAUAGCAAAUUGGAUGAAAAAACGAAUUUUCUAGGGAUAAUAAACAUUAAAAUCCACAAAAAUGUGCCACAUCAUGAAUUUUUUCGGGAAUUUCCGAUUUUUAAAAACUAAAUCUGAAAAAAAAACAAAUUUAUCGAUUUUUUCUAAAUUUCUUCAAAAUUCCAGCGACAGUUGUCGAAAAGUUCGAAUACAAAACGAGGAAGAAUUCGACGACGAGUUGAGUCCCGAGGCUCAACGAGCCGUCGACGCAAUCGAAUUCAUCACCGAAAAUCGGAGAGACGAGGAAAUCACCAAACAAUUUCGCGAUGAUUGGAAAUUCAUUGCCAGUGUUGUCGAUCGUUUUUUGCUUUAUGGAUUUUUUGGUGCAACUCUUGGUGGGACGAUUGGAAUUGUAUUUUCAGCUCCGUCGGUUUUCGAGACUUUUGAUGAGAAUCAACAACUUGCUAAGCUCAAAAAUUUGUUUGAAAUGGGCAUUGCUAAUGAUACACUUCCCCCAUUUUAG